GAAUAUAAGAAAGAGCCCAAAAUUACAAACUUCUUCUCUUCGUCUCUUAUAUACUCACGAAACCCUAAUUAUCUCCGGAGAAGAACCAAGCUGCCGGGAAGAGCGAAAAUGGUGUCUGGAUCUGGAGUAUGCGCAAAGAGAGUGGUGAUCGACGGCCGUCACCACAUGCUCGGCCGACUUGCAUCUAUUGUAGCAAAGGAGCUUCUCAAUGGUCAGAAGGUGGUUGUUGUUAGAUGUGAAGAAAUUAGCAUCUCCGGUGGACUCGUUAGACAGAAGAUGAAAUACAUGCGUUUCCUUCGUAAGCGUAUGAACACUCAACCUUCUCAUGGUCCUAUUCACUUUCGUGCACCUUCAAAGAUCUUUUGGCGCACUCUUCGUGGAAUGAUUCCACAUAAGACCAAGCGUGGAGAAGCUGCACUUGCUAGAUUGAAGGUUUAUGAGGGAAUUCCUCCUCCAUAUGACAAGAUCAAGAGGAUGGUUGUUCCUGAUGCUCUUAAGGUGUUGAGGCUUCAAAAGGGACACAAAUACUGCUUGCUUGGUCAAUUGUCAUCAGAGGUUGGAUGGAACUACAAUGACACCAUCAAGGAGCUGGAGAAGAAGAGGAAGGAACGUGCACAUUUGGCUUAUGAGAAGAAGAAGCUGCUUACUAAGUUGAGGGCUAAAGCAGAGAAGAUUGUAGACGACAAACUUGCUCCACAGCUCGAAAUCCUUGCUCCUGUUAAGUACUGAAUAUUGCUAGAAAUUUAAAGUUUUGAUUUUGUAGCCCAAACUUGAACUCCAUUUAAAUCUUGGAAGUUUGUGCUUUACUCUCUAAUAGUGUUUCCCCUUUGGUGUAACAUGAAAUAUGUUGAUCUGUCUGUGUUAAGACCAUGCUAUAUAAAGAUUUGUUUUAGUUGUUCGAUUAA